CCUACAUAGGUGUGGUACCUGGCUGUUCCCCUGUGCGCUAAACUCCCGCAACCCCACGAACCCAAUAUUCACUACUCUCCCCGGAUUUAAUCCAUUUACCCUUGCACAUUAUCCGCAAUGGCUCCCACUCAUCGUCGUGGACCUUGGGUCCCUGAGGAGGAUCAGUUGCUACUUCAGUUGGUUCGCGAGCAAGGCCCCAAUAACUGGGUCCGCAUCUCCCAGCACAUGCACUACCGCUCCCCCAAGCAGUGCCGCGAGCGCUUCCACCAGAACCUCAAGCCGUCAUUGAACCGGGAGCCUAUCUCGGCGGAAGAGGGCUUGAUGAUUGAGCGCAUGGUCAACGAGAUGGGCAAGCGGUGGGCCGAGAUCGCACGGCGUCUAGGGAACCGCAGCGACAACGCCGUCAAGAACUGGUGGAAUGGCAGCAUGAACCGGAAGAGGAGGGGUCUCCCCACCUCCAGCUCGCCUCACGCCGGACGCGCCAUCCACGGCCGCGUGGAAGCCCCAUACGCCCGGGCUUCGCUGGCCAUGAGCAGCCCCAUCAGCCGUUCCCGCUACUCUUCCAUCUCCAACGACAGACCCCUGACCUCCUGGACCAAGUCCCCUUCGUCCCGGAGGGAAUCUCUCUCGGCCGCUUCGAUCGACUGCCCCCGGCAGUUGACCCCCAUCUACACACUCCCCGCGCUGAACCGCCCCGUCGAAACCCCUCUGACCUCGCCUGCCUUCUCGGAGGCAUCCAACACCCCUUCCAUGGAACCUCCUUCGAUGAUCUCCGACCAUAACUCCGUUUCCUCUUCUCCCCGGACCGUCUCUUCGCCACAGCUCCUCCCGCUCCCCGUGGACUUGAGACAGCAAUACGACUUCCGCAGACAAAGUGCGGUCUCUCUGCAAACCCCCGACGAAAUCUACCUUUCGAACGCCUACCACGCGCCGAAGGCUCUCGAGUCGCUCUCAGAUCUAUCGUUGAAACAACGAUGGGCUGCCGAUCACCAGCAGUGGAACCAUCACACCUUGCCGUCGACGUGGGCUGCCCAGUCGGAGGACAAGAGCGAGCCCCCGCGCGACUCGCGCAUGGGUCUUUCCAACCUGCUCAAUUAAAUGACGAUGGUUCCCAUACCGCUGCCGAUGAUCUCACGACCUUUUUCUUUCUUCUGUUGUCUUCUGACUGAUAAAAUCUCGG